AUGUCGGAAGGUCGCCUGAAAGCAGACAGAGAUUUUACCAAAGAGGUCGACAAGGCCAUUCCCGAAGCUCAGGACCUGGCAAAGAGCAAUGUACAAGGCGCCAUCGAGAAGCUCCUCGCUCUUGAGAAGCAAACCAGACAAGCGUCUGACCUCCCUUCCACAUCAAGACUCGUUGUCGCCAUCGUUACGAUAUGCAAAGAAGCCGGAGACUGGCCGCUGUUGAACGAGCAAGUCCAGCUUCUGUCCAAGAAGCAUGGUCAGCUCAAACAGGCCAUCACCAAGAUGGUCCAGGUCACCAUGGAUUUCAUUGACGACACUCCCAACAUCGAGACCAAGCUGUCGCUGAUCGAAACGCUCCGUACCGUCACCGAGGGAAAGAUCUUCGUCGAGGUUGAGAGAGCUAGAGUCACACGUAUCCUGUCAAACAUCAAGAAGAGCCAGGGAGACAUCGCUGCCGCCACCGACAUUCUGUGCGAGCUGCAGGUUGAGACUUUUGGUUCCAUGACACGCCGCGAGAAGACGGAAUUCAUUCUGGAGCAGGUCGCACUAUGCAUUGAAAAGGGAGAAUGGACACAAGCCAGCAUUCUGAGCCGCAAGAUCAGCACUCGCUAUUUCGCCCGCAAGCCCAAGAAGACAGCUGAGCAGUUGGAGAAGGAGCAAAAGGAACGUGAAGAGGAAGAGAAGAAGCGUGGUCCUGAUGAUGCCCCUGUGGAGCCCGAAGACGACGUUACAGACUUGAAGCUGCGUUACUACGAGCAGCAGAUCACCCUGGCCAAGCACGACGACAAGUAUCUCGACGCUUGCAAGCAUUACCGUCAAGUCCUGGAUACUGAGGCUGUCGAAAACAACCCUGAGCAACUACGAGCUGCUCUUCAACGCGUCCUCUACUUCAUCAUCCUCGCCCCCUAUGACAACGAGCAAUCAGAUCUCCUCCACAGAAUCCACCGCGACACACGCAACUCUCAAAUCUCACACGACGCCGCCCUCCUUAAUCUCUUCACCGUUCCCGAACUUAUGCGUUGGCCCGCUGUCGCUGAGAACUACGGUCCCCACCUUUGCGAGACCGACAUCUUCGACGCUACUGAGAAGGCCGCCGACCCCAAGGCACACAAGCGCUGGCAAGACCUGCGCAAGCGUGUCAUCGAGCACAACGUCAGAGUUAUUGCCAAGUACUAUACCAGAAUCCACUUCAAGCGCUUGACAGAGUUGCUUGACCUUAGUGAGGAAGAGACGGAGAAGUACAUCAGCGACCUUGUAGUGAGCAAGACCAUCUACGCCAAGAUCGACCGCCCUGCCAGACUCGUCAGUUUCGAGAAGAGACGUGAUGCCGAUGAGGUGCUCAACGAGUGGUCAGGCAACAUGAAGAGCCUGCUCGGUCAUCUCGAGAGAAUCGACCAUCUCAUCACCAAGGAAGAAAUGAUGGCCAGAAUCACCAACAAGGGUGAGAAGGCACCGAGCAAGAUCCGGUAA